CCGCUGUUGUGUUUUUGUUUUUGUGGUUGCCUCUUUUAUUUUUGUUUUAUUGCAAAGCUGAUAACUGCAGGUUUUAUAAAGGAUAUAAAUAGAGCGGCGUCGCUGGCAGGGUGGACAAACAUGAUUAGCCGCCAAGCGCGUGCCUCCCAGUGUUUUAUAAGAGCGCUCAAUGCGAUUUUGAUUUGAUUUCUGGCUCGUUCGACGUUCCUCCUGUUGUUGUUGCCUUGAACACAAACAACACAUCCAACAGAAGCGUUUGCCAAAACCUCCGCUGUCGUCGCCGCCGCAGUAGUCGUCGUUGUUGUUAUGUAAAGGCACGGAAGCGAAACGUUGGACACAAAGGCCAGAGCCAACGAUCCUCUCCAUCUCCAUAUAGAUUUAUCCCAUCCGGAAGCGCCACAGUUCAUUCUCCUCGCGGACAGAGAGAGUGCCAUAGAGAGAAGAGCGGGAGCAAACAUCACGCGAUUGUGUGAAAGUUUUCUUUCUUCAGCUGCGAGCCCCCAAAAGUUACGCGAUGGCUGCCGCUGCAACAGGUUCACCGCCUGAGGAAUCAGCGACUCCAGCAGCUCCUGGCGCCUCGCCUGCGCCUGCAUCCGCCAGUGGACGCCAUCAGCUGCGCCCUGUGAAGUAUGACUAUGCGGAUUCCUUUGCCUGCACCUACAUUGUGUCCGUGGUGGCCGCCUCCAUAGCGGAACUGGCCACAUAUCCGCUGGAUUUGACCAAGACGCGUCUCCAGAUUCAGGGCGAGGCAGCUGCGGUAUCUGCACUGGCCACAAGUAGAACCAAUGCCAAGGCCAAUAUGCAAUACCGCGGCAUGGUGGCCACCGCCUUCGGGAUUGCGCGCGAGGAGGGCGCCCUGAAGCUGUGGCAGGGCGUGACGCCGGCGCUCUACCGACACGUCGUGUAUAGCGGCGUGAGAAUCUGCAGCUACGAUUUGAUGCGGAAGGAGUUCACGGAGAAUGGUACUCAGGCCCUGCCCGUGUGGAAGUCGGCGCUGUGUGGCGUCACUGCCGGUGCUGUGGCCCAAUGGCUGGCCUCGCCCGCUGACCUCGUCAAGGUCCAAAUCCAAAUGGAGGGACGCCGGCGAUUAAUGGGCGAGCCACCUCGUGUGAAUUCGGCGGGUCAUGCCUUCCGGGAGAUUGUACAGCGAGGUGGCGUCAAAGGACUGUGGAAGGGCAGCAUACCGAAUGUGCAGCGAGCGGCGCUGGUGAAUCUGGGAGAUCUCACGACCUAUGACACCAUCAAGCACCUGAUUAUGCACCGCCUGCAAAUGCCUGACUGUCAUACCGUCCAUGUGCUGGCCUCCGUGUGUGCGGGCUUCGUAGCUGCCAUUAUGGGCACGCCGGCGGAUGUGGUGAAGACACGUAUCAUGAACCAGCCCACCGACGAGAAGGGAAGGGGCUUGCUAUACCGUGGCUCCGUGGAUUGCCUGCGCCAGACGGUGUCCAAGGAGGGCUUCGCGGCGCUGUACAAGGGCUUUCUGCCUUGUUGGAUACGGAUGGCACCGUGGUCGCUAACCUUUUGGCUGUCCUUCGAGCAGAUUCGGAAAAUGAUCGGUGCCUCCAGUUACUAAGAAAGGAGGAGACCCCAAUCUACUAUGCUUAGGUGACUGAAUUCCCCCUGACUCUCCAGAUUCCACCUCUGACCUUAACACCCUUAUUUUCGUGCCAGAAAAAACAAACCCUAAAGUAGCAUCUACUCUGUUCAGUUUUAGUCUGUUAUUCCCUCUCUUCUCAAAUCAUUCGGGUUUCUUUAUAUUAUAUAUAUAUUUUGUUAUUGUUGUUGCCUUAAGAAAAUC